CAGCAGCUUCGGUGUGUUGGGAAGACAAAGAAAAGAGAAGUUAUUAUUCCUCAACACUCUCCCGAAAUAUGUGUAUAUAUAUAUAGUAUGACACAACUCAACUAUUUUAGUUCUGCUAAAACUAUUAACACCUGCUUGCUCAGUUAAUUCAUCUCCUUUGAAGGUUUUCAUACAAUAUGAAGAGUGCCAAUUUCCCCAAAGAAGAUCGGAUGGAAGGUGCCAAUUUACCUGUAGAAGAUCGUACAGAAACCGUUGCCACAUCUACAGAAGUAAAAACCUUCGAUAGGAUGGAAGGGGCCAGUAUCCCUGUAGAAGAUCAGAUAGAAACCGUUGCCCCAUCUAGAGAAGGGAAAACCUCAGUUACGGGGAUGGAAGCUGUCAAUUUACCUAUAGGAGAUCAGAUAGAACCCGUUGCCCCAUCUAGAGAACGGAAAACCUCAGUUACAGGGAUGGAAGCUGUCAAUUUACCUAUAGGAGAUCAGAUAGAACCCGUUCCCACAUCAGAAAUGAAAACCUUUGAUAUGGGAAUUGAAGGUGCUAAUUUCCCUACGGAAGAUCGGAUGAAGCUUGAUCCCACAAUUAGAGAAGCAAGGACCUUUGUUCGGGGGAUUCAAGCUGUCAAUUUACCUAUAGGAGAUCAGAUAGAACCCGUUGCCACAUCAGAAAUGAAAACCUUUGAUAGGGGAAUUGAAGGUGCUAAUUUCCCUACAGAAGAUCUGAUGAUGCUUGCUACCAUAAUUAGAGAAGCAAGGACCUUUGUUCGGGGGAUUCAAGGUGUCAAUUUCCAAACAGAAAACCAGAGAGAGCUGGUUGCCCCAUCUAGUGAAGCGAAAAGCUUAGAUAUGGGAGUGGAAGGUUCCAAUUUCACUAUCAAAAAUCGAAUAGAGCCCAUAGCCCCAUCAAGACAAACGGAAACUCUUGUUUGGGGGACCGAAGGUGCCAAUUACCCUAUAGAACAUCGAAUAGAUCCCAUUGCCCCAUCUAGAGAAACUGAAACCUGGAUGGAACGCUCCAAAAUCCCAAUAGAGGAUCCAAUAGUACCUGUUGCCACAUCUAGCGAAGCGAAAACCUUAGUUCUGUUUGGAAGAGUUGGGAAUGGGAAAAGUGCUCUUGGUAAUAGCAUCUUUGGAAAGAAGGAAUUCGUUUCUAAGAUUUCCGCUUCCGGUGUCACAACAACUUGCAAAUUAGGAACAACUAGUCUGGAUGAUGGUCAAGUUGUUAAUGUCAUUGACACACCAGGGCUAUUUGAUUUGUCAAAAGGAUCUGAUAGACCUGACUACUUAGCAAAUGAGAUGGUGAAAUGCAUAACUCUUGCAGAGGAUGGGAUCCAUGGAUUCAUUUUGGUUUGUUCUAUUAAAACUCGGUUUUCGAUUGAAGAAGAAGGUGUUAUUCAAAGUUUAGGGAAAAUAUUCGGCGAAAAGAUCUUUGAUUACCUGGUUGUUGUUUUUACCGGUGGUGAUGAACUAGAAAUGACCUUUCAGGAAUUCUUAUCUACAUGUCCCUCUUCGUUAAAGACAGUACUCCAGCUCUGCAAAAGACGAUCUCUUCUAUUUGAUAAUAGGACUAAAGAUGAAAAUCAGCGGAAAAAGCAGGUUCAACAACUGAUGAAAUGCAUAGGACAGAUUAGAGACGAAAACGGACAACCAUACAAGAGUGAAACCUUUGAAAGGAUGAAGAAAGAAGCACUGGGCAAGCAUGAGGCCAACACGUCUAUGAUGUGUAAACAAGUUCAACAUCCGACUAGAACUGUGUAUGGGGCGGAAAACUCGAAGAAUCACUCGGCACAACAGAAGUCUUCUGAUUGGGGCAAUGGAAAUGAGACAUCGAGGGAAAAGGUGUUAAAAAAAGAACUUAUAAAGCCUUGCAGGCUAAAAAGUCCGGCCAAUACAGAAAAGAAGUUCCGCGGGAAAAUGAAAAAUUAAAACGUAAUCAACAAGAUCGUGGCGGAAAUAUUGGUGAUUAUGUUCGUGACCUAUGUACAAUUAUGUGACCUCUGUCAUACUAGUUCCCGAAAACUUCAAGUAUAGUUGAAUUAUUUUUUUCUACUACUUUGUUGUAUUUGAAAUGUGGAGAAAUAUGUGUGGCUGUUUUGAUUUCUUCUCUAUAAUAAAGGUUUCGAUUGCUGUAUGCGACUUUUGAUAUUAGUUUUUUUCCGGAAAACGUCUAUUACUCGGGACACAUUGAUAAUUUGAUUCUCAGAAAUUUUA